AUGGCUUCCUCAACCGCUGUCAGUGCCGCCCCGGAGCGCGAGCCGCUGCUGCCCAAUAGCACCAACUCCAACACUGGCGAGGAGCCCAUCGCUCAGCGCCGGCCUUGGUGGAAGCGAAAACGAACCAUACUGAAGGGCUGCGGUGUCAUCUUCCUGCUCGAUCUCUGUAUAUCAGGGCUUCUCUCGCUCUACCUAGUCCUCAGCCGUCGCUACCGCGGUGAUGUUGUGCUUCGCUAUCCCAACGAGACCAUCGUUUGGAAGCCAUGCGGUGACACCGAGGGCAAGCCCCUCGAGUGCGGUACUAUUGUCGUACCGAUGGACCACUUCAACACUUCACGCUGCGGGAACGAAACGUUCACUGUGCCUCUGGUUCGCCUGCGCGGUAGCGAACGCGCCACGCACAACGUCCUGAUCAACCCUGGAGGGCCCGGCGCCAGCGGCGUUGACUGGUUCCAAGGAUGGGCCGUGAGGCUGCAAAAGGCUAUUGGUGACGACUUUCACUUGGUCGCCUUCGAUCCACGCGGAAUCGGCGAAUCGCAGCCAGCAGCCGUGUGCUUCGGUGACGCCAAGACGCGACGGACGCACCAAAUUCCCUUCGACGGCAACGUUAACCACGACAUUGAGCGCUACAUGGAAGUUGGCAACUAUGCGCAGGCCUGUGCUGAUCACAUGGGCGAGCAUGUAGCACACGUCAACACGCCGCAGACCGCAGCCGAUAUGAACACCAUACUCGACGCCCUCGGCCAAGAUGGUCUUUAUUAUCUUGGUUACAGCUAUGGCACUACGCUUGGUGCGACGUUUGCAACCAUGUUUCCGGAACGGACCGAGCGCGUUGUGAUUGAUGGCGUUCUCGACAGCUUCGCAUACUACGACGAGCUCUCUUUAGAUUUCUUCUGUGAAGACGAUGAGAACGCUCUCGCGGGCUUCUUCGAUGAAUGCGUCAAAGAGACAAAUGACUGCAAGUUAUCUGGCUUCGGGCUGACGGGGCAGGAUAUCAAAGACAACGUAACAACCCUCUUGGAACAGCUGCAAGACGAUGGCCCCCUACCCGUCUACAUCAACAGCACCAUGUUUGGCACCAUCUCAUACGACUCGAUAAUUAAUGGCAUAUUCAUGGCCAUGUACUCAUCUAAGCUAUGGUACUCACUCGCUGACAACCUGGCGCAGCUCCUCUCCGGCAACACUACUGGGGCUUUUUUGGCGUAUGCUGAUUCAGAUCCUACAGCCGAUGGCAGCGACACUAUGACCGAGCACAGCCUGUUCGUUAUGAACAAUGACAGGCCCUCCGGACACCCCGCUUGGCCGAAUAAUCGCUACGACGUGCUCAAGAUUGUCACGCCGGAUGCGGAACGGUGUUCGCCGUGGAGCCAAGGCGUCGUGCAAGGUGCAAUGCUGUCCGCGCAGUGGAAGGUGCCCAAAGCACACGGAUUCAUGCCUCGGCGCGGCGUCGAGACGCGCCAUCCCAUUCUGGUCAUGUCUUCCACGUACGACCCGGUUUGCCCCAUCUCUGCGGCCAAGAGGGCGAGCGCCAGCUUUGUCGGCGCCAAGCUCAUCGAGGUCCGGGGCAUCGGGCACACGGCGUUGUCGUUGCCGUCGGCGUGCGCUACGCGCCUCCUCCGCGCAUACAUGGUCAACGGGACGAUGCCAACGGAGGACCAUACCCGAUGCGACCGUGAUGAUGUGCCGUAUUUUGUGAGCCCGGGUAAGGAGGCCGGCGGACGGGCGAAGGACGCAACCGGUGCGCUGGUUGUCGAUGAAGAAGUUGAACUCAUGGCAACCUUGAGAGACUUGUCGGGUGCUAUUCCAGUGCCACAAUUCGCGAGGACACGGUUCUAA